AUAAGGAGAUUAUGGAUCCAAAAGCCCCAUCUAUUACAGUAUUAGUCAACAAAGACCCAACUGCUCAUGCUGAAGUGACCACGAUUAGAAAUGCAUGCAAGAAGCUUGGCACUUUCGAUUUAUCUGGCUGCACUAUCUAUACCUCGUGUUAUCCAUGCCCAAUGUGUAUGGGCGCAUGUUUAUGGGCCCGACUAGAAGCUAUCUAUUAUGGGGCUUCUGCAGAACAGGUAAUCGCUAGUUUGAAAAGAGAUCAAAAAAUAUGGGGACCCAAAAGCAGAGCUGCUGCAAUUGGUUUUGACGACAAAGCAUUCCAUGACUUCCUCAAAAACCCUAAGAGCGAUGAGCAUAGAAAGUUGGAACAUCUACCUGCAAAGGAUUACCUUCGACCGUUUGAGAUGUGGUCAAAGAUGUCCACCAAAACCUCUUAUUGAGU